AUGUCGAUCAGAGUCGGUUACGUUCCCGAACACUUCUCCACACCAAUUCAAUUUGCUCAAUUGCACGGCUUCUUUCAACAAAAUGGUUUGAAAGUAGACCUUAUCGCCUACCCUAGCGGGUCAGGCCACAUGAUCACUUCCUUAAACAACAACGAGCUCGAUAUCGCCAUUGGACUUACCGAAGCCUUUGUCCGUGGUGUAGCCGACACCACUGAUGUACCUUAUGAGAUCAUUAGCACUUAUGUGACUUCCCCAUUAAACUGGGCAGUCUCUACAGGUGUUAACAGAGAUGACAUCAAAGGAGUCGCUUCAUUGGAAAACAAAAAGAUCGGCGUUUCGAGGAUCGGAAGUGGUUCAUACGUUAUGUCAUAUGUUUUAGCUCUGGAACAACAAUUCAAGAGUAAUCCGCCUUACAGCGAUUGGCCCAUUUGUAACACAUUUGCCCGUUUAAGAGAGGCUGUUAAUGACAAGACUUGCGAUGCAUUCAUGUGGGAAUAUUUCACCACCAAGAAAUACUAUGAAACUCCACAUAAGGAACUUAAGAUGGUGGGGAAUAUCUAUACUCCAUGGCCCUCCUGGGUCGUUGUUAGAAACAAAACUCUUACAGACCAACAAACGCGUUCUUUUAUGAAGGCAUUAGAUCAAGGUAUCCACUAUCUCAAAGACCAUCAAGAAGAAGCCGUUGAAUACAUAUAUAAAAACCUGGAUUACAGUGAGUCCGAUGCGCGCGAGUGGCUUUCUACUGUGGUGUUCCAAUUGGCAGGCGCUAAAGACGCUAUGAAACAAACAGUCGACCUACUAGUUGUAGCUGGAGUUUUGAAACAUGGCCAAGAACCGGACAUUUUGAAACGUAACCUCAAGACCGGACACUGUGAAACGUGGUCAACCUGA